AUGCAACCCUCAACCCUCUUAACCAUCGUGGCCUUCAGCGCCGCUAGCCUGGUAUCGGCAUCCUCAAAUGCAAAUAACGGCGGCGCAAGUCAGCACAGUCUUUGUCGACGAGGCAUUUUCGAUUGUGGUCGCAAACCGGUCUCACCACCCCCCGAGGAACCUCAACCACCUACAUGCCCACCGUGGAAACACCAUAUGUUCGGGUCGCUACGGCCAACAAUCGACGGCCACUGUUGCCGCGACGAACCACGGAACGCGCUCAAUUGCUGUCGCCUCAGGCCCGAAGUAAGCAACCCUAAACAUGAGUUGGAAUGCACGUCGAAGCAUUGGCAGACGGUCGAGCGAUAUGCCCAAUUUUACGCGUGCAACACCAACCAAUGGGACUCUAAGCGGUGUUUGGAGCUCGAGAUUCCCCUCUAUCCCUUGGUCAUGGCGCUAUACUACCCUAAUCAGGAAUUCAAGCCGCCAAAGUUUUUCGACCCGGCUGCCAUAGCGUUGUGGUCUCCAGGGCCAAUGGAACCUAACAUGGAUUAUACACCUCCGGGCCCGUCUCGUUUGGGAAGGAAUCCGAAUGGCGACCCUGACCCCAACAAACGUUAUACCGUUCAAAAGCGAGGAAACAUCCCGAAUAAGGCUUCCGCGAGCCCAGCGUCGGAAGAUAUCGACGAAUUUGAGGACGCUCAGGAAGAACCCUUCAAGUUAGUGCCCGAGCACGUCAAUCAGGCUUUGAACAAGUCGCCGAGAAAAAGGGACCGCAGCGAAAAGUACACGCCACCAGGGAAAUCCCGUCUUAGCAAACACCCCGGUGGUCGCCCUGACCUCGGCGAUCAUGGCAAUUUCCAAAAACGAGGCAACAGCAUUGGGAGUUUCCUUCUCGGGGAUCCGCUGCUCGGCAGCGGGCCGCACAGGCUGGUAUAUGACGAGAAAGGGUCACCGGAAACGGUUGCAGAACGUGCCACGAGAGCGCGACCAAAACAGCAACGCAACCUAGGCUACACAUCCCCCGGGAAAUCCCGUUUUAGUCAACAUCCGUACGGCAACCCUGACUCUGCCGAUCACCACGAGGUCCAAAAGCGAAGCAGCUCAAGAAGGAAAGGCUCCGCAAACCCGCUCCUCGACGCCAUGGAGGAGGGUUCGUCCAGGCACACGCGGGUCAGGAAGCACAGGUCGUCCCCUAAGCCUACCAGCGCGGCCGCCAAAGCCAUUCAAAAGAGCAACACGGGGCGGAAAGGAAACAGCCACGAAUGGUCGCCCCCGGGGAAAUCACCUUUGGGUAGAAGUUCAGACGGAGAAGCCUCAGACGAAGAAUAG